GGACAUGAAAUAUGGCGGAUGUUUUGUUUGUGUGCACUCGGGAUGUAUUGCCGCUAAAAUAGCAAUGUUUACACGUUUAUAUUUAACGUGGUGCGAGUGAAUGCAAAAGGUGUACAACAACAGAAAAUGAACGCUACAAGUUUAUAUGUGUCAACCUGCAGAUUAGUUUUACAAGCUGAUUCUGAGGAUGCUAAUUCAUGGACAGAUUUGUAUAGGCUAGUUCCUUACUUAAGGCAAAGUUUAAGCUGUACGGUAUGCUCAAAUUUAUUAAUCGAACCGCACACACCCACCGAAACAAACUGUCAGCACCACGUGUGCAAGAGCUGUAAAGGUGGUCGUAAGAAAUUAAAGCCAUCGUGCAGCUGGUGUAAGGACUACGACAAGUACGUAGAGAACGUUCAGCUCCGAAUACUGUUACAGUGUUACAAGAAACUAUGCGAAUAUCUGUCGAGCACCAACAUAUACCGCAACUUAAUUAUAUCCAUCUCGUCUAACAACCCUAACAACGGAGCGUCUACUAUGGGGGCGUCUAGUCUUAUGGAAUUAAUUCAAGAAGGCGCAGGAUUCAAAGAUGAAUUCAAGAGCAACGCGGGACUCUCUAAGUCGGCUUACAGCAUACUGCCCUGUAUUUAUACAAGUACAACAUCCACCCAGACUCAAGGGAAUUCAAUACAAACCACAGAGAGUAUAUCCCCAGUUAUUCCUGAGUCCCCAGCGAUACGAACCGUCUCUAAUGGCUCUUCGAUUUAUUCAGUAAUGUAUGCCGGCUCGGGCAAUAAAAUAACAAUUAAAAGAAAGGCUGCGGCCGCGGACGAAGUUGAACUGAGCCAGCAAGAAGUUGACGGUACAUCGCAGAGCUCCAUGGGGGCUGUUAAAUGCAUUCCAAGCUCUCACCUUACCUAUGGAACUUCAUCUCAGAAAAAGUCAUCAAAGAUCAGCAAAUCGGCAGGUAAUUUUAAAAAACCAAGAUCGAGUUCAACACGGAGUAAAAGAAAAGGAUGCAGAUGCGGCAAUGCAACCGCGAUACCUGGAAAAUUAACAUGUUGCGGACAGAGAUGUCCGUGUUAUGUUGAAAGCAAACCGUGUGUCGAGUGCAGGUGUAGAGGUUGUCGAAAUCCUCACACAGCCGACGGGUUAAAGAUUCGUCCGCAUAUACCAGAGCUGCAUAAUCUUCAGUUGCAGUUAUCGACGCCUGUAGAUUGUGAUUCUUUAGCUUCGGAUCCAUUGAGUUCAGUUCAACAGUGUCUCUCUACUUCUCCGACGACUAUUCAAGUAUUGAAUGUUUAUUCUACGCCUAGACUAGAUAUAGAUAAUGUACCUCAAAAUUUACCGGCUGCACUCCUAGUUGGAGAAGAUGCGAUGGUCAGUACAGAAAGCGAAGCUGAAGAUAGUGACGUACAAAUAGAUGUGUGACGAUACAUGUGAAGACGCGUUGAUGGCGUCGUGUUAGUCGCUUUUGUAAAAAGUCUAUUAUUACGUUUUGAUGAAUAUGACGAAAUGAGUAGGGAUUUUGAUUUAAAGGGAAAAAAAAUAACAAAAAUGAAAAAAAGCAUCCAAAAAAUCUUUUCAACAACUCGUCGAUUUUUGCAUCAUAUAGGAUUGUAAGUCACCGCUUACAACUCAUCUAUCGUCAUACUGUGAAUAAAUUUAUUUUCGUGACUGUCAUGUUUCAAACGAAAGUGUUUUAAGAAAAAAGCAUGCUUUUUCAUACAUUCCUCUCUCCAAUCAAUGAAUACAAAAAAUUUGUAUUUCGGCUACAAAUUUUACAGAACGAAAUUUUUAUUUUUAAGAAACAAAUUUCGCAGAUCACUAAAAAACUGUUUUGAUAAUCAUUGAUCUCUAAAUCAAACAAGCACUGAAGCAAAACGGACAAAAUAUGUUUCCAAUUUUUAUAUU